AUGCCAGUUCCUGACCAGCCGUCUGAUCCAGAGAAUCCCAACAUGCUGAGUCCGGUGCUGAACGCUUCCAACGGAGAUGGAUCCGAGACGGAGACCACCUCAGCCAUCUUGGCAUCCGUCAAAGAACAGGAGCUUCAGUUUGAGCGGCUGACGCGGGAGCUGGAAGCGGAGCGACAGAUCGUGGCCACCCAGCUGGAGCGAUGCAAACUGGGCUCUAAGACUGGCAGCAUGAGCAGCAUCAGUUCGGCAGAUGAGAAGUUUCGCAGGAACAAUCAAGACGGACAGGACAUAGAGGAGGAGCUGACAACUGGUCUGGAACUGGUGGAUUCCUGCAUCAGGUCCCUUCAAGAGUCUGGGAUUCUGGACGCACAGGAACUCUCUGCUGGAGAACGACCAGGCAUCUUGUCCCAGAGUGCUCUGCAGCUGAACUCCAAUCAAGAAGGAAAUUAUCCAUACCCGGCAAGUUACCACAGCAACCAGCCCUUGGCCCUAGGCGAUCUAUCGGGCUGUCAGGCUCCGCCCCGCAGUGGGCAGGUGGGAGGGGCCUUGAACAACUACAAUCAGGUGACGUCCAGUCGGGCUGCUCAGCUGGCCGCCAGCGAGGCCCAGUCCCGGGACUCGUUCGCCCAGAGCCAUGCCAGUGCGUUCCACAUGCCUGACGGUCAGCAGCCCUCGCCCUACUACUCCUGCGCCACGCUGCCCGCUCAGCGCGUGAGCUCGCCCCACUCCAUGCAGGCGCUCGGCUCCCCCUCCAAGCUCCAGAGGCUGGGCUCCGUCUCGGACAUGCCCAGCUACGCCACCUUGCAGCGGGUCAGCUCGCCCAAGCAGUCCCCCAGUCGCCUGGCCAAGUCCUACAGCACCAGCUCGCCCAUGAACAUGGCGGCCGGCGGCGGCGGGGCGGGCUCCUCCCCGCUGCACCUGGCCUCUGGGCCGGGGCAGGGACAGUCGCCGCUCCACCAGCUCAACUCGGUGGUGGGCAGCUACGCCACGCUGUCCCCCACCAAGCGCAUGCUGCACUCGGACCAGGGCUACAAGAUCUCCCACGACCUGUACGCCAACGCCACACUAGGGAGGCCCGGCAGCCUGGCAGGGUCCAGGGGCUCCUACAGCAGCCAGCACAGCCACCUGGGCUCGGAGCUGCGCCCUCUGCAGUCCCCCGAGCACCAUAUUGACCCCAUCUACGAGGACAGGGUCUACCAGAAGCCCUCCAUGAGGAACUUCAGCCAGAGCCAAGCCCCGUCCUCCCCUGCUGUCGACCCCAUCCCCUUGCAGCGCACGGCCAGCCAGAACGCCACCGGCACCUUCCCCAGGAACUACGGUGGCAGCGCCGCCUCCGCCGCCGACUACGCCAACCCCUACCGCACGCUGCAGUUCUGCCCCAACACCGACUCCCCGUACAGCAAGUCGGGCCCCACACUGCCCCCGGAGGCCACGCUGGUGCGCUCGCCCUCCGUGGACAGCAUCCAGAAGGACCCGAGGUACGACCCUGAAUUCCUUGUCUGGAAUCAAAAUCAAGCCGAGCAGAGAAUGACAAAGGAGUUUGGCUGGAGGGAUCCUGAGCUGCCCGAGGUCAUUCAGAUGCUGCAGCACCAGUUCCCCUCGGUGCAGUCCAACGCCGCAGCCUACCUGCAGCACCUGUGCUUCGGAGACAACAAGAUCAAGGCAGAGAUCCGCAGGCAGGGUGGCAUCCAGCUGCUGGUGGACCUGUUGGACCAUCGCAUGACGGACGUGCACCGCGCGGCUUGCGGGGCCCUCCGGAACCUGGUGUACGGCAAGGCCAACGACGACAACAAGAUCGCCCUCAAGAACUGCGGCGGCAUCCCGGCGCUGGUGCGGCUCUUGCGGAAGACCACCGACGUGGAGAUCAGAGAGCUGCUCACGGGAGUGCUGUGGAACUUGUCAUCAUGUGAUGCCCUGAAGAUGCCCAUAAUACAAGAUGCCCUCGCCGUGCUGACCAACACGGUCAUCAUCCCCCACUCCGGCUGGGACAACUCCCCACACCAGGACGACCGCAAGCUGCACCUACACUCCUCUCAAGUGCUGCGCAACGCCACCGGAUGUCUCAGGAAUGUGAGCUCUGCUGGGGAGGAGGCGCGCAGGAGGAUGCGCGAAUGCGAAGGCCUGACCGACGCCCUCCUCUAUGUCAUCCAGACCGCCCUGGGCAGCAGCGAGAUCGACAGCAAGACCAUAGAGAACUGUGUGUGCAUCCUGAGGAACCUGUCCUACCGGCUGGCUGUGGAGACGACUCAGGGUCAGCAGCUGGGCUCCGAGGACCUGGACGGCGUGCUGUGCGGGGAGGCCAGCGGCAAGGAUGGCGAGAGCUCCGGCUGCUGGGGAAAGAAGAAGAAGAAAAAGAAGGCCCACGAUCAGUGGGAUGGCGUUGGGCCCUUCCCCGACUCCAGCGACCCGCCCAAGGGGCUGCAGAUGCUGUGGCACCCGUCCAUUGUCAAACCCUACCUCACUCUCCUGUCGGAGUGCUCCAACCCCGACACUCUAGAGGGCGCCGCCGGGGCUCUACAGAACCUGGCAGCUGGCAGCUGGAAGGUAGGCCCCGCCCCAAAACCAUGGUCUGUGUAUAUCCGGGCAGCGGUGCGUAAGGAGAAGGGUCUGCCCAUCCUGGUGGAACUGCUGAGGAUAGAUAAUGACCGUGUGGUGUGUGCGGUGGCCACUGCCCUGAGAAACAUGGCUCUGGACGUCAGGAACAAGGAGCUCAUCGGUAAGUACGCCAUGAGGGACCUAGUGCACCGUCUCCCUGGAGGCAACAACAACAACAGCAGCAGCAGCGGAGCCCCCAGCAGCAGCAGUUCAGCGGGGAAGACCAUGUCAGACGACACCAUCACGGCCAUCUGCUGCGCCCUCCAUGAGGUCAUCACCAAGAACAUGGAGAACACAAAGGCGCUACGGGACGCCGGGGGCAUCGAGAAGCUCAUCGGCAUCGCCCGCAGCAAAGGGGACAAACAUUCUCCCAAGGUGGUGAAGGCAGCCUCACAAGUCCUCAACAGCAUGUGGCAGUACAGGGACUUACGAAGCCUUUACAAAAAGGACGGCUAUUCUCAGUAUCACUUUGUGGGCUCCUCCUCCACGAUAGAGAGGGACAGGCAAAGACCUUAUUCCUCCUCACGCACUCCCUCCAUCUCUCCAGUGAGGACGUCCCCCAACAAUCGAUCCGCGAGUGCUCCCGCCUCCCCCCGGGAGAUGAUGAGCCUCAAGGAGAGGAAGGCAGACUACGAGUCGACGGGGACCAACUCUGGUUACCACGGCAACAAGGGCGAGCACACCUCCAGGAAAGAUGCCAUGGCAGUUCAGAUAACGGGUGGAACGGGAACACUGUACCGUGGAGCGUAUGUGUCUCCAGGAGACGACAUGAAACACAACCAGGUCCCGGCCCAGGCCAACCCACAGGACGCCUAUCCUCCGUUCCAGACCCCGCCGGGAGCCAACUACGAGGAGAGCUUCUACGAGGACCAGGUGCACCAGCGGCCGCAGCCCAACCCGGAUGGCACCAUGACCCUGGGACUAAAAUCCACCGGCAACUACGUGGACUUCUACUCCGCAUCCCGCCCGUACAGCGAACUGAACUACGAGACCAGCCACUACCCUGCCUCUCCGGACUCCUGGGUGUAGAGGCAGAGGCGGCUGGCUGGCUGCAGGGGGGCUGGUGUGGGGAGGGGGAGAGAAGAGGUGGGUUGAGGUGGGAUUGGUGUGGGGUGGAGUGUGGGAAAUGUGUGCUGACAGAGGGGUGAGUUGCCGGGCGUGACGAGAGAGAGAGAAGUUUUGGAGGGAACGAGUCUGGUGGCACAGUGACAUGAGGCGUCCGCAUGUGCAUGACCACCUCAAGGGGACAUUGUGAGCAGCCGAAGAGUACAUGUCUGGUCCAGCGCAGCCACCACACAGCGCCACUCACCUCCAUUUUCACCAUCCAGGCGGACACUGGCAAACGAAGGACAAAGCUUGAAUGCUGUUACAGUAACUUCACACAAAGGUGUUUGCAGACAACAAGGAAAUGGAAUGUGCUUUUGGAAUGGAUGGCCUUCCGGAACACUGCUGAUGCGAUAAAGGGAAGAGUCUAGAGUGGCGAGCGUCCGGAAUGUCUGAGGAGGGAAAAGAACUUCUGUAAAUAUGUGGCAUACUACUGAGAUGCGUAUGUGAAGCACAAGGAAUAUGAGGUGACAGCUUGACACUGAGGGAGAUACAUUGUCACACCUUUCUUACCGGAUUUGUUUUCGAUUUGCUUCAACUUGCAUUUCAUGCGCCCGCAGAGACUCUUUAGCCUUUAUAUAUAAAUAUAUAUAUACCUUUUUUUAUUUUGUUGUUUGUGUUUUUAAACUUCUUUUUACCUUUCUGAUUUUCAUUGUAAAGUUGUCUCAUGCACAUUUUUUGUUGGGAUUUGUGUACAUUACACAAAGUUUACUGUUAUGUCAUCACUGCAUUGUUUCUUUUUUGUUUUUGUUUUGAGUUUUUUUUUUCUGUGUGUAAUUCUGGCAAGCAAAAGACAAAAGGGUGGAAAUUGAUACCUAACUCACAUGAACAGUAAUCGUUGUCAGCCAAAUGUAAGAAUGCAGCUGUCGUCAUUUGUAUCAUUUGUAACUGUUGUGUCAGCGUUCACAUGUUCUACGGCUGCACUCGAGUCGGAACACAUCGCACCGUGACACCACAUGGUGCAACACUGCCUGGAACCAGUUUACUUGCACAUUGUUUCGUUCCUUUUGGUUAUACCCACAAACUUCUCCUCACAUCUUGUGUAGCCGAAAGGGGGGAGGUACGGUAUACGAACCUGUCCUGGUCAACUUUGUGAAGUGUACCCUACCCACCCAGCUGUUCAUAACUAGCAGACUAGGGAGCUGUGCUUACAUCCGAUUUUGUACAAACGUGCCAAACAUUAAUGUCCCUCUGCCAGGGGAAACAGUAGAAAAUGCUGUUGAGGUUUCUAUUUCAGCAACACGUCAUUGGUUUUAAUGAUGCCAGUUUGUAGCUGCUCUUAGUUUAUGUUUUUUUUGUUUUUGUUUCAUUUCUCCUUUUUUAAAGAAAAAAAAACCAACAACUAAUGUGUUUUAAAAGGCGUAAGG